UCUCUCUCUCUCGCAGGGUUUUGCUUUUCCCUUUCUCUUUUUCUUCGAUUCUCACUCUCUAUCUAGGGUUUUCUCCAUUCCUUUCAAUUCCCAAUUUUCUCUCGUUUCUCAAUUUGUUUCGCUUUCGACAUCGUUCGACGCGCCUUCGUUAGGUUAAUCUUCGAUUCCCUAAUCUCACAAAACCGGUUGUUCAAUUUAGGGUUCCUUCGAAUCUAGGGUUUCUUUCCAGGGAUAGUCGCGCGCGGAUCAUGCCUCCGAAAACGGUGAAGAGAGGCGCUGCGGCGAAGAGGGGUGGCAGAGGAAGCAGGGGAACCACGAAGGGUGCACAGAACCAGCAGCACCAUGAAGCUUCGGAAGAAUCUGCGAAGAUUGAAGAGAAACCGGUUGUUGAAGAGGAGCAUAAGGUAGAAGAGAACCCUGUUGUUGAGGAUAAACAACCCGUUGUUGAAGAGAAACCUGUGGUUGAGGACAAGUCUAUUGAUAUGAAUCAAAUGGCUCCAGAGGCUGUUGAAGAAGCAUCUCGUGCUCCUAAUGGGUUACCUGUGGUCAAAAACGAUGAAGAGGAGGUUAAGGAGCCCAUAGAUGAUUAUGAAAGAGAUGAACGCUUAGAUUUGGAGGAUAAUGAGCCCGAGUAUGAACCUGAGGAGUAUGGUGGAGUUGAUUAUGAUGAGAAGGAAAUGGAUCAGGAUGAGGUUCAUGAGGUGGGAGAUGAAGUAGAGGAAGAAGCUGAAGAUAAUGUUGGUGAAGAAGAGGGUGAUAUGGGUGAGGAAGAAGUUGAGGAUGUUCAUGAUGAAAUUGAGGGUGAAGAGGAGCAUGAGCGUGCUGGUGAGGAGCAUGAGCAUCAAGACUUUGCUGAUGUGGAGGAAGAGGAACACCGUGAAGUUGUGAAGGAGAGGAAAAAGCGGAAAGAAUUUGAAGUUUUUGUUGGGGGCCUGGACAAGGAUGCUACUGAAAGUGAUCUGAGGACGGUUUUCAGUGAAGUUGGGGUGGUUACUGAGGUUAGGUUGAUGAUGAACCCUCAGACUAAAAAAAACAAGGGAUUUGCAUUCUUGCGUUUUGAGACUGUGGAACAAGCAAAACGAGCUGUAGCAGAGCUCAAAAAUCCAGUGAUUAAUGGCAAACAAUGUGGUGUUACUCCUAGUCAGGACAGUGAUACCCUAUAUUUGGGAAACAUAUGCAAGACAUGGACAAAGGAAGCUUUAAAGGAGAAGUUGAAACAUUAUGGAGUUACGAAUGUUGAGGAUUUGACUCUGGUAGAAGAUACUAAUGAUGAAGGGAAGAACCGAGGAUUUGCAUUUUUGGAAUUUGCCUCUCGUUCAGAUGCUAUGGAUGCCUUUAAGCGACUGCAGAAGAGGGAUGUUGUAUUUGGAGUUGAUAAGCCUGCAAAAGUUUCUUUUGCAGAUUCCUUUAUUGAUCCGGGUGAUGAAAUUAUGGCACAGGUUAAAACUGUGUUCAUUGAUGCAUUGCCUCCCUCAUGGGAUGAAGAUUAUGUCCGGGAUAUUCUUAAGAAAUAUGGAGAGAUUGAAAAGAUUGAACUUGCUAGGAACAUGCCAGCUGCUCGCAGGAAGGAUUAUGGUUUUGUUACAUUUGGCACACAUGAUGCUGCUGUAAGAUGUGCUGAAAACAUUACAGGCACGGAGUUGGGUGAAGGUGACAAGAAGGCAAAAGUUAGAGCUAGGUUGUCAAGACCACUUCAGAGAGGCCGUGGAAAACAUGUCAGUCGUGGGGACUAUCGUUCUGGUCGUGGAUCUGGAAUAAUGACAAGGCCUUCAUGGAGCCGACCUGCACCUCGUAGUUUUCCUCCUCGUGGGGUAAGAGGAAUUGGAAGUCGCCCUCCACCAGUCAGGCCUGUUAGUGUGAGAGAUAGGCGCCCUAUCAUGUCUGUGCCAGUAAGAAGUAGGCCAGUGCCUCCUCCAUCUAGAUCUUAUGAUAGGAGACCAGUUGUUUCUGCAUAUCCAAAAAGUAGCAUGAAGAGAGACUAUGGUAGACGUGAGGAUCUACCACCUCCAAGAAGUAGAGUUGCAGCAGAUUAUGGCUCAAGGAUGGCUUCUGAAAGACGACCAUCUUACAGGGAUUAUCCUGCCCGUGGUCCUGGCUACGCUGAGCCCCCUAGAAGCACAUCUCGUGCUGCUCCAAGGCGAGGUUAUGUGGAUGAUGGAUACAGCCAAAGAUUUGAGAGGCCUCCUCCUCCACCUCCUCCUCCACAUCUAAGUUACCGUGAAGGACGCCCCCGAGAUUAUGAUGCUCUGUCUGGCUCAAAACGUUCUUAUGCUGCUAUAGAUGAUGUUCCUCCGCGAUAUGAGGAUACUGGUGCUCGCCAGUCAAGAGCUCGAUUAGACUAUGACUAUGGUGGUAGUGCUUCACAAUAUGGAGAUGCUUAUGGUGAUAGACUUGGAAGAUCUAGUCUGGGAUAUGGUGGUGGCAGCAGAAGCUCUAUUUCUAGUCAAGAUUCACAUGGGAUGUAUGGCAGUCGACAGGGCAUGAGUUAUGGCGGAGGUGGAUUUUAUUGCAUAUAUUCUGAUUUAUUAUUAUCAGCAUCAGAAUAUUUGGUACUUAAUUUUUUUGGUUUGUGUUCUAUGUUAGGUUCUUUUGGUGGUGGGGAUGUUGGUGGCAUGUACUCAUCAAGUUAUGGUGGUGAUUACAUUUCUCGUGGAAGUGAUGUUGGUGGCAGCUCGUAUUCAUCAAUGUAUUCUGGCAGGGGUGUUGGCGGUAGCAGUAGUUACAUGGGUGGUGGUGGAUCAGGAUCUUAUUAUUGAGGUAAGUCAUCUUAUAAGUCCUUGGAAUUGCAUUUUGUGGAGUAAACAAGGAUGCAUUCAAUACAAGUGAAUAUAUUUUUCUGAGAGUUUUCUCUAUCCCCAAAAUGGCAUCUCUUGUUUUUUCACAAGGGCUGGCGAAGGUUGCACGCUGUGGUCACCAGUGAAUUUGUCUAUGAACAGAUCUGAUAUAAUAAAGUUGCUGCUGUAGGAUGACCCUUGAAGCUUAUGCACUUUAGGAUGCUUACAGUUUGGAGACAAAGAAAUGUUGCUAUAUAUAGCCAUUUUUGGGAAUUUGUCAUAAAAAGUAGGUCAUGUCAAUUCAAGCUAUCUCGAAUAUUCUCUGGAUGGGAUGUAUUAUCAGUACUUGACUUUGUGCUGUAUGGACUUUGAGUAAAAAUAUAGUUGGAAAAAAGUAUUGAGCAGUGAUGUGUAAUUAAACCCUGAUUUAUAAUAUCAUGGACGGAUAAUGUGAAAGAUUUCUCACUGCUCCAUCUUCCGUUUCAUUUGGGCAGAGACCAAGUUUAGAGAUGCUACUUGUUUGGUUAAGGCUUUAUGGAUUUUUACCUGCUGAAUUUAACAAAAAGUUGGUGCUUUAUUUUGAAUCUCCGAAGAGAUGUUUAGUUACUUUGGAUUACUUGUUUUUACAGUGAUGUGAUAAUAAGAGCACUACUUCAGCAAUUAAUAAAGUCAAAUGGCUAGUUUCUCGGGAUUUUAUUUGACUUGGUGUCACCCUAAGAAAGUAAAAAGCAUAAUGCACGGGUAAUAUUUGUUGCUGGAAUGAUUUGAUACUUUUGAGAUUUUGCGCUGAGGGGGGAUUACAAGACAAUGCUAAAGAUGCAUUGGCAUCUUAGCUAGUUAACUUCAUAGAUUUGCAUUUUGCAAUUCAAUUAUUUGUACACUAUUGGUUGAUAUCCCCUUGGGUGGACCUCAGAAGACCAUUGCCUUGGCAAUAUCAUGGUAAAAUGCAACAAUCAAGUGAUUAUAAAGUAUCAGAAAUGGUUUGAAUAUCAUCUGCUACUAAGUUUCUGAACGGGAACUAAAUUUUAAAGCUGGCUCCUAUGCCCAUGGUUAUCACAAAACCCUUUCCUCAAAGGCAAAGGUUACCAAAAUGCAUAUGUGGAUUUGGUCAUGAUUUUGUUUUAUUUUUAAGUGGUUGUCUUCAAUUGCCAAACCAUUCUGGUGUUAAGUUGCAAAUACUUCACUGUUUUUGUUUUGGAGUCACAAGGCACUGGAAGCUAUUGCAUAUCAAAAGUUUAUCUUGUAAAUGGGCAUUUAAGUAGUAAUAGUAUGUCAUUUUGGAAGCUCGUUUAAGAUUGCAGAGUUUGUUAGAAUUUACUAAAUUAGAUAAUUUUCAUAUAAAUUUUGCAUGCAUGCCAUGGAUUUCAGGUGAUUUUUCCAUGAAUAUUCACGUUUCGUAUAGGCUUUUCAGUUUAAGCUUAGAAAGAGUUGGUGUCAGAGCUUGAGUUUCCAAUGUUCUUAUAUCUGGUGGCCUGCUUUCAUGAAAUACUUUUUCCCAUUCUGAGGGUUAUGUACUAACUUGUGAAGUUUUAGUUUCCUGUUCUAUUUGUCGCGCUGUGCAGGGUCUAAUCUCUCCUCAAGCACUUGUUUAGCAUCUCCCUGUGAAGAUCACUAUCGUUUUUCUUUUGGGCGGUGGGGGGAGGUAGUUUCUUUCUUUGUUUGUUUGAUUAGGUGGAUGCGAUCAUUCUUAUUGUAAAUUAUUAUGUUGAUUAUUUCAUGCAUAAAAUUGUAAACGCUGGGCAAAGUAACGUGUGUUGCUACUGAUCAUAUUUAUUCUGCCCAUGUUGUGCUUGUAAAAUGGUGAGCUAUGGUCCUUUUAUGUCUGUUUAGAAACCACUUUGUGGCUUUGUUUUGCCAAACGGUUCAUCUACAAAUAUUGGUUCGCAGAUAUUUGCAGUUCAUUCAAAUGAAUCUUA